AUAUGUAUCUGAGAAAUUAAACAUUUUCAUAUGAGAAAUGUACGAACAUUCGCUAUUUUAAGCUUUUCAUAAUCGAAGAAUUUAUGUAAAAAUAACUGAUGAUUAAAUAUUUCGUUAAAUAUAUACGCGAUAAAGUAUUUUCAUAUAGACGUAUUUCAGGUACCAUACAGCCUUUAAAGAAAAAAUAAAAGUAAUAAUGUCAGAGAAAAAGUCAAAUAUUUUCGAAAGAUUUAUCAUUUUUAGCGAAACAGACACCAAAACGUUGAAGAUAUUCAGUUAUGGAAUUGCUAGUAUAAGCUUAGUGAUUGCACUCUAUCGAAUUAGACCUUUUGCCAAAUUUAGAAAACCAUCCAGCAUACCAUCUCACUUUUUACAAAAAAAAGUUCAACUUCAGGGUACUGUGAUACAUAUAGAACCAAAUUAUGGAACACUUUUAAUGGUUGAUCACAAACCAUUAAUAUCUUUGCCUCGACUAAGUAGUCCAACAUAUUUACCAAUUAAAGUAGCUGGUCUUGAUGUAACAGCUAAUGGUAUUAGUUGGUUGCAAACAAUUGUUAGUGGAAAAGAAAUAACUUUUAUUCCUUUAGCCACAGAAAAGGACUAUGUAACUUGUAUAGUAUCUAUAGAGCGAAAUGAGAAACAAAUAAAAAUUGGUGAAGAAUUAGCAAAACUUGGUUUUGCUAUAGUAGCAAAAGAUUCUCCAAAGACAUUGAUACAAGAUAAAGACAUCGUAAGCUAUCAUAAGUGUUUAUUGAAAGCACAAAAAUGGGCACAAAAUAAAAGAAAUGGACACUGGCAUUUUGUUAAAAAUCCUACGAUUUUAUGGCGAAUCCAACAGAAUUUAAAUAAUAAGUUGAAAUCAAUACUGCCUACAUUUAUAGCACAACAACUUAAUAUUUAACUUCAGGUUCUUAAUUCUUCUAAUUUUAUAAAUCUUAAUUUAAAAAAAGCUUAUAUACCUUUUUGUAGUAUAUUAAAAAUAUUUAUAGUAAUAGUAAACAUAUAGCAGUUUUAAACAUGUACUUAAAGGUUUAAAAUUUUAAGCUUGUUUCUGCAGGAGCAAUAACCAAAAUCAUAGAAGUAAAAAACAAUAUUUAAAAAAGCAAACAUUUAUUUUUAUAUCAGUUAUACAACCUUACCAAAUUCUAUAUAAAAUUAAGAACAUUGUUUAACACCAUUCAUGUUCAAAAUUAAUCUGCAUAUAUAAUACCCAGUUAAAGACAAAUAUAUCUGCAAACAUUUUGCAUCAAAGAGUAAUGCAUUAUUGUUAUUUUCAUACAUAUAUUGUGUAUAAUAUGUAUUAUACUCGAAGUAGAAAAAUAUCCUAGAUUACAUACAAAAAUAGAAAUUAAAAAUUUAAUGGAAGAUUCACACAUGGUAUCUUUAUAAUCACAGAAAACAUUUGAAUUAAAUGUGUAAUUUAUAAGCAAAUGUGAUCUCUAAUAUAAAUUAUUUUAUUUAUAGAACAAUUA